AUGGGAAGAGCUCCAUGUUGUGAGAAAAUGGGGUUGAAGAAAGGACCAUGGACUCAAGAAGAAGAUAGAAUUCUCAUCAAUCACAUAACCAAAUUUGGCCAUUCCAAUUGGCGUGCUCUUCCCAAACAAGCUGGUUUGUUAAGAUGCGGAAAGAGUUGCAGAUUGAGAUGGGCAAAUUAUUUGAAACCAGAUAUCAAACGUGGUAAUUUCACCAAAGAAGAAGAGGAUUCAAUCAUCAAUUUACAUCAAAUGUUGGGAAAUAGAUGGUCAGCUAUAGCAGCAAGAUUACCCGGUCGAACAGACAACGAGAUAAAAAACGUAUGGCACACACAUUUGAAGAAGAGGCUGCCACAAGACCAACAAGCCAACAAUGAAACCUUAAAACAAAGUAAAAAACAAAGCAAGUUGGACAUUGAUGUCGGUGCCAAACAAGAACAAAAUGACGAUGAGAAGCCACAAUGUUCUAGUGACAUUUCAUCCCAUAAUAACAAUAAUAGUAAUAAUAGUAUUAGUAGUAGCGUUGUUACUACUAAUAAUAAUCAUGACAAUAGUAACAAUAACUAUGAUGUUGAUUCGGCGGAGAAUAAUUUUGCAAUGGAUGAGGAUUUCUGGUCGGAAGUUUUGUCGUCUGAUAAAUCUAGCAGUGAGGGAAAUGGUGCUGUGGACAUUGGUGCUGAUAAUUGUGAAUUUCAAGUUGGUGAUGAAGGUGUUUUUAGUUCAUUGAGUUUAUGCGAAGAUAUGGAUUUUUGGCAUGAUGUUUAUGCGAGAGCUGAGGAAAUAACUGAGUUAUUAGAUUUAUGA